CUGCGCCGUUCGCUGUCAGUGCAGUCCGUCCAAAACCGGAGCGCGCGCAGCACGCACUAAGCGAUCUCCUGGAGUACACAGUUACUGAGCGCGCGAGCCGUUUCUACCGAUCGUAAUUCCAGUGUACUAAGAGAUGGCAAUCACGUGCGACUGCCCCAUGUCGCAGCCGGGGCCCACGCUGGCCGCCACUUGCGGGGGCGGCGCCUUCAUGCUGUUCAUGGGGCUACUGGAGGUGUUCCUGAGGAGCCAGUGCGAUCUGGAGGACCCGUGCGGGAGGACUCAGUUUCGGCGUCACAUGGAUUCGGUAUACGACUUCGUGGUGGUGGGAGGAGGCUCAGGAGGUUCCGUGGUGGCAGCGCGUCUGGCCGAGGUGCCGUCCUGGCGGGUGCUGCUUAUUGAAGCUGGCUUCGACGAGCCCACCGGCACGCAAGUGCCAUCCAUGUUCCUCAACUUCAUCGGGUCCAGCAUCGACUGGGGCUACCAUACAGAGCCCGAGCCGGCCGCGUGUCUCGGAGAAAAGGAUCGAAAAUGUUACUGGCCUAGAGGAAAGGUUCUUGGCGGCACCUCUGUUAUGAAUGGCAUGAUGUACAUCCGGGGCGCGCGGAGAGACUACGAUGAGUGGGCGGCGGCCGGCAACGAGGGCUGGUCAUACGACGAGGUGCUGCCCUACUUCAUGAAGUCGGAGGACAACCAGCAGGCUGAGCAGAUGGACGCCGGCUACCACGGAGUGGGAGGCCCGCUCACAGUGGCGCAGUUCCCCUACCACCCACCGCUCAGCCACGAUCUCUUAAAGGCCGGCGAAGAGUUGGGGUACCAGGUACGCGAUUUGAACGGCGAGCGUCACACGGGAUUCUCAAUCGCGCAGACCACGAACCGCAACGGAUCGCGACUGAGCGUGGCGCGUGCGUUCCUACGACCGGCACGUCUUCGCCGCAACCUGCACGUAAUGUUAAACACCACGGUCACCAGGGUUCUCAUUAACCAGACCACGCGCCAGGCCUACGCUGUCGAGCUGCGCAACAGCUUCGGCGGAACUGAAGUCAUCUUUGCCAAUAACGAGAUCAUCCUCAGCGCGGGCGCAGUGGGCAGUCCGCAGCUGCUGCAGCUAAGCGGCGUGGGCGAUCCUGGAGUGCUGGCUCGUGCCGGUGUACCCCUGGUGCACCGCCUACCGGCCGUGGGCCGCAAUUUGCACAACCACGUCACGCAUUUCCUAAACUUCAACAUCCAAGACAACAACACCGCGCCGCUCAACUGGGCCACCGCCAUGGAGUACCUGCUCUUCAGAGACGGCUUAAUGUCGGGCACAGGUAUAUCUGAAGUGACAGCAUUCAUCAACACUAAGUACGCGAACCCGGAGGAAGACAAUCCGGACAUUCAAAUGUUCUUCAGCGGCUUCCUGGCCGACUGCGCCAAGACCGGCAUGGUGGGCGAGAAGCUCGGAGACGGCUCCAGGACUGUGCAGAUGUUCCCAGCUGUGCUACGGCCCAAGAGCAGGGGAAGCAUCGAGAUAGCGUCAGCGGACCCGUUCGCAUACCCCAAGAUAUACGCCAACUACCUAACUCAUCCGGACGACGUGAAAACCUUGAUCGAAGGCAUCAAGUUUGGCAUCAAGCUGUCGGAGACGAAGGCGCUACAGCGGUACGGCAUAAAACUGGACAAAACACCGGUGAAGGGCUGCGAGAAGUAUGAAUUCGGGUGCGACGCGUACUGGGAGUGCGCCGUUCGCAUGCAGACUGGGCCCGAGAACCAUCAGGCAGGCUCGUGCCGCAUGGGGCCGCGCGGGGAUCCGGAGGCCUGCGUCGACAACUUGCUGCAGGUGCAAGGAAUAGACCGGCUUCGGGUGGCAGACGCCAGCGUGAUGCCGCGGGUAACCUCGGGAAACACCAACGCGCCUGUCAUCAUGAUCGCAGAGAGGGCUGCCGACUUCAUCAAGCAGAGGUGGCUCGGCGCGGCCAAUGUGCCAUACGGGAGCGACCGCGAGGAUCCGGGCGCCAUCUCUAACCUGCUGACCAGCGAGAGCCGGUACCCAGGCUGGCAGCCUUGGGGUUGACCUGGCCGAAGACGCUACGUUUUGUCUGACGUCACGCCCAACACUGACUCAGGGUGUACUGUUAUUAUUAACAUACCGUCAUUGACGUACAAUAACAACUAGACUCCCAUCACCCUCAAAAAUUUUAUGAAGCAAUACUCUACCUACGCGUCUAUUAGUUCAUUCAGUUAUGUUUAGACCGCGCUUUAAAUACAACGCCAUGCAACGACAAAGUGUUCUGUGAAAAACGGUCUAAUUAACAGCAUAUCCAAACUUAAAAAGGUGGAGUGUCGCAUUUCAAGUAAGUGCCCCUUUAAAUUAACAAAAUGAUAUAACUUGCCGUUUUUAAUCAUUUUCUCAAUAAUAACAUUUCAAUUGCUAAAACAAAGUACAAAUCCGACGAAAUGUGCAAAGACGUCCGUCUCUGUCGCACAUUUUGCAGCAUAAUCAAUGUCCUUCUUAUGAGCGUACCUAUACAAUAGACAUUGAAGAUUACUGCCUCAAAAUAAUUAUGUCAAUUUGAAUGAUUUUAUUAAUGUUAUCUGCAUAAGCUAAUGUAUCGCCGCUCGGGCAUUUUUGACGACCCUUUUGUUUAUUGUACGUCAAUUGAAUACCAUUCAAUAUUACGUAAGACUAUUAGAAUCGAGACUUAAGUGACGAGUGUCUCGAUUACAAUCACACAGUACUAUCUAUAUAUAGUACUGUUUGAUUGUAAACUACUAUAGUUGUUAAGAAAUUGACUGGAAUACCUUGUGUAUUUGUUGAAAGCAUUAGUUACCAUAAACUUGCCAGUUACUAAUAAGAUUGUGUGAAUAGAUAGUUAUUUUGUUUAAAUUAUAAUUUAAAAAAAAGCCUCUCCGGUUGUUGUUAAGUAUAAUGUAAAUUUAUAUUGUUUAGUUACUAUUGUUGAUAGUUAAACGUAAUUGUAAUAGUGCGACUGUAUUGAAAAGUUUUCAGGAAUGUCGCUGUUAUCAUAUCAUGACACCAGGUAUCAGUAUUUGUCAGUUUAAGCAUGUAUUAAACUAUUUGUUGGUAACAACCGUAAUAGAUGUUUGUUUGAUGAGGUUUUGUGGCUGAAAAAACUUUUUUACAUUUUUGGAAUAAAUAAAUAGUUAAGGCGAAAAAACAUUUAUAUUAUCAAAUUAUUGAUAGUAUAUACUAUAAUAUUAUAAAGCUGCAGUGUUUGUUUGUUUGUUUGUUUGAACGCGCUAAUCUCUGGUACUACUGGUCCGAUUUGAAUGAUUCUUUCAGUGUUGGGUAGUCCAUUUAUCGAGGAAGGCUAUAGCUUAAUAAUUAUUAUAAUACAUAUUUUUUUUUCAAAAUUAGGGAUCCGUAAUAAAAUUGCUAUUUUGUAACACAAGGUGUAAAAUCGGAAACCUAUUUUUGCGUGCGCUACAAAAACUAUUGACAAUAGAACAAAAUGAUGUACAGGCUAUAAUAUAGGCAAUAUUUUAUUACUUAUAAAACUAUCGCGUGAAUUAUACUUUAUAUGGCAAAACAACGUUUGCCGGGUCAGCUAGUUCACAAUAAUUUGUUAUAAACUAUAUGCAUUUUACCACUAAAAUUAGUUUUGAAGUUACCUGUGUAUAUGUAACUACUUAAUUUUAGCGGGUGCAAAAUAACUUCGCCCCAUUUCCCAUAAUUUUCAUAUUUUGUUUGUAUCAGCCUAGCGAAACUCUUUAAGAAAAUAGCGACUGUAUGAAACGUGCAGUGAUUGAUGGAUUGAUGGUGAGGUGACUGCUAUAAUCUUGUAAAAAACGGAGAUAGCCGCAAUCAACUACAUUAUAAGCAACUGUUCGCUUUCAAACUUAAUCGGAAUAUACUUCGUCGACAUAUUGUAAUUACUAUUUCAAACUUAUAUCAAAUCUCACUGCACGUUUCAUACUAAACUAAAUUUCAAUUUUUACUCAGGCAGCCUCUUAUUACGUUGUAUUUACACCCUCUUUGGUUUGAAUCAAAUUUGUUGCAGUGUGUUUUUUCCUUGCAAGAGUGUUGGAAAAGUGUGUAUGAAACUCACGAGCAACUUAGCUCAGUUGUGUAAAUUAUGACAUUUUAGUAUAUUAAUACUUUUAAUUAAUAGAAAUGCUUUAAGGGCUAAGGUUAAAAGUUACAACGAUCACAAACUCAAAGUUUCCCGCUUCAGUUAGUACAGCCCGAUCCCUUAAGCUAUUUUAAAAUGAAUACAUAUUUACCUUUAAAGGGAAACAUAGUGGCCAUUUAUCCAUACAAAAAUUCUUGACUCUAUUCUCUUUGGUUUUCCAUUCUAGAUCAAAAUUAUUUUCAAAUAAAAUCCAUAUCGUGAUGAUCUAUGUCUCUCUCUGAUAUUUUUGUUUGAAGUGUCAGGGUAUUUUUUAAGAGUGCCUAGAACGGUUUAAUCAUAUAGGCCUCCAACAGAGACAAGUAUUAUAAGCGAAAAUAUCAAAACAGUCUAACACAGAAUUUCUUUUCGAAUUGACUUUACAAUGCAGUUUCCAAAGUUUCGUUACAAUUCAUAAAUUUUGGAGGAGAAAAUUGUCUACAACAAAGACCUGAUUUUUGAGUUUUUAAUUAACAUUUUUUAGUCUCAGUUGUCCUUAUCUUACUUACUGGUGAUUGUCUCACCCGCGUUAGCGCAUCGGCAUGUUUUUGAGAAUUCUUAAAUUUGAAAAAGAUCUUAGCUAACGUUUCCUUUUAAUGGUUUAUACGUUUUGCCGGUAAAAUCACACGCACAAACGUUCCACUCUUGUGUCACAGUAUAUAUAUCAGCUAAAGCAGUGAAGAUACUACGUAUAAACGUUAGAUAUAACGCACGCACGCACGCACACACAAGCGACGGGUGUCAUGUCUCAAAGCGGGACGCGCGGGGCUCGCGCGACCAACUGCAGCACUGCGAUGUCCGCUUAUUGACAUUGUCGAGACCUGGGUAUGUGUGCGUGUGUCGUUUCGAACGUUUGUGCGUAGUUUAUUUACUGCUUUAGUGUAUAUAUAUACUGUGCCCGUGUCAAAUGUAUACAUAGAUACAAUAAAUCACUCCAUGACGACACACAAACAAUUAUCGAAAGCUAGCUACAGGCCGAUUAUUAUCACUCUUUCAUUGGCUUGCUGCACACACUUUAAUGUAUUUUAAACCUUAACGAAUUUUAAGCUAAGAACAAUUUUGUUAAAAUACUCGUAGUUGUAAAGAUUAACUUUAACAACAAACAUUAACUUAUGUAGUUUUAUAUGAAAUAAAAAUCCUUUUUUUCUAUUA